CUUAGCACUUUUUCGCAUUCAUCGUGUGAAUUAGUUGACGUGUAUGUCAGAUAACUGAAACUACAGCGUCCGUAAGAGAGGUUAGGGUAUAUCUAAAAAUGUCAGUCAGACGAGCGACUCAUGGAGGAAGCUGGUACUCCGAUUCGCCUGAAGAACUGAGAAAGCAGUUGGAUAACUGGCUGAAUGCAGCGGAUUUGACACAUGGACCUGCUCGAGCAAUAAUAGCACCUCACGCCGGAUAUCAAUACAGUGGGGCCUGUAGCGGUUUUGCGUACCGACAAGUCAGUGCUGUCGUAGUGAGACGGAUUUUUAUAUUGGGACCAUCCCAUCAUGUGCGUCUCGGUGGAUGUGCACUUUCUACUGCGACCAAGUACUGUACGCCCUUAUACGACUUGCGAGUUGAUGUGAAAGUAAAUGCUGAUCUUGACGCUACAGGACAUUUUGAGUGGAUGGACAUGUCUGUAGACGAAGACGAACACAGUAUAGAAAUGCAUCUUCCUUACGUUGCAAAAGUAAUGGAGGAUUAUAAAGAUUCUUUUACAAUUGUGCCGGUAUUAGUUGGCUCACUGACGCCUGACAAAGAGUCCGUCUACGGCAGUAUUUUCUCGCAUUAUUUAGCAGAUCCACAAAACUUAUUUGUGAUAUCGUCUGAUUUCUGUCAUUGGGGACAUCGCUUCAGAUACACGUACUACGAUCGCAGCUGGGGUGACAUAUUUCAAGCAAUAACAUAUUUAGACAAAAUGGGAAUGGACAUUAUUGAGUCCCUAGAUCCACAAGCCUUUACUGCAUAUUUGAAGAAAUACGGAAACACUAUAUGUGGACGUCAUCCCAUAGGUGUUUUAUUGCAAGCUGUGAACAGUUUGCAGAAAUCUGGUAGUAAUGGUCAUAGGAUGUGCCUUAAGUUCUUGAAAUAUGCACAGUCCAGCCAGUGUAACAAUAUGAGUGAUUCGUCUGUAAGCUACGCAGCUGGAGCCCUCACGAUUGAAUAACAAUCAGUUUUCUUUUAUCUGAAGCCACUAGUGAUUGACUGUUAUGAAGGAACUGCGAGAAAUAAGUUGAAUAAUGCUUUUAAAUCUUUACAAAAUUUAACAGGAGCAAAUGGAAGAAUGCAGACCUGCAGCCACCAAAAUGCGUUUAUCUUGUUAAAACUUAUUUUAAAAGUACAAGCUGACCCGUUUGUGCAGUUUGCAGUUGGUGCUGCCCACCCAACGAUAAACAGCAACGAAGGUGUAUUACUGUAGUUUACUGCAAAAAAUGGAAUCCGAUGAGCUCUAAACAAAGGCCUAUAACAUUAUAUAUAUAUAUGUGUGUGUGUUUGUGUGGGACAUAAUUGAACCAAGAAUUAGUGUGCUAUGAAAUGAUAAUUCUCUGAAUUCAAGAGUGUGGUUCAGACAAUAUAUCGCAGGAAGAAAGGGUCUUGAGAAGGGUGUCGGGGGAGGAAAAAUUUUUAUUUGCUGGGUCAGUCUUAAGUAAUGAUCCACUGCAAGAAUUUAUUUGUAUGCUGCAAUACAAUCUGGUAAAUGGUAUAAUUAAAAUGUGCUGCAAACAUGCAUUUGCAAACUAUUACAGACAGUUUUCACAGGAAGCAGAAAUAAGUUACAAAUAUGCAAAAGACUGUAGCAAAUAAUUUUGGAAUACUAUAGCUUGGUCAGAUUUAUGCCCAACAACAAAGGGACAAUACCAUAUAAUUAUUUUGCUUAAUAUCAUAUUGAUUCAACUGUGAUGUAUGUUAUAUCAGUUGUCGAAGUGCCUAAGCAUUUGGUUACUUAACUGGCUGCGGAAUUACUCACUGAACAGUAUGCUACCAAAGUAAAUAUCAUUAAAUCUUGAAUCACUUGCCAAGAAAUUUCUCCGGUUUUCAUUUUACAUCUAUCAGAAGAGGCAUCACUCAUAUGGGUUGAACCUCAUGGAUUUUGCAGAGUUGCUGAUGUGUGAAGCUUACCCAGGCAUCUGUUUACGUGGACAUCUACUUGCCAGUUACGAUAAGCUUGUUCGCCCAGUAAAGAAACAGAAUGACACAGUAACUGUGGAAGUCCGUCUUGAUGUACUGUACAUCAGUGUUGUGAGUAAUUUUAUGGGAAAAAAAUAAUAAUAGCCUCCAUACCUCUGUCUUCCCUUCUCUCUCAAGUUUCUUACAGUUCAGGCUAACUUAGCACUCAGUUAAGGCUGAAACUGUAUAUGCCAUUAACUUAAGUUUUGUUCAUGCUGUCUACAGGCAUUAACUUGAGGAUAGUGAGUUAAGAAUGAUAUGUCACAUACUGUAAUGGUUGGAAAAGAAAAGUCCUUAAAAACAGUCACAAUAACUUAUUGUUUCCUGAAUUAUGCUUACACAAAAUUAAAAAUGAAAGUUGAAUAUAAUGUAAUACAUAUUUUACUGUAAAGACAUGUUAUCGUCAUUGUAGUCUGGCUUUCUUGGCGGAUUUUAAAAUUUGUCUUGGUUAAAAUCAGUUUUGAGUCAAAAUGACACGUUUUUGAUGACACCCAUAGUGACAAACAAGCUUUCGGAGUUUUACUUCAGCUGAUUCUGCUUUAGUGUUGUCUACUGCUACGAUAAUCUUAUUUCCUGCCCCAACCAAUCUAUAUGAAUUCUUUGUUCUUCGGAUUUCACCAUAAGUUUUUAUAGUUUACCAUGCGUAGGCCUAGAAUAAACUGUAUAUAAUUGCGGCUUCCACUUCAGUUUUUUUAACAGCUGCUUUUGAAAUCAAAGACUGGGCAAAUAAAUAAGAACAAGAUGAUCUUUUAAGUCCUUAUAUAAAGGUGAACUCAGAUUCUGCUACUGAAACCAUGUAACAAACAGUCCCUCUUGGACAAAGACUGACAUGUUAGUAAAGAAGAAUUAAAAAUGACAGUCCUAUGCUUCUUCUUGUAUUUACAUAAUGUUGUUGAAAACUUGUUUAAACACUUAUUUAAUCACACUACUACUAGUUUGCUUUUAAAUAUGUUUAAUCAAUUAUGAAGGAUGUCAUCAAAUGAAUUUUGAUAACCUGGCUCAUUAUUUGAACUGGAAAGAAAUACUUGUGUUACUGAUAUUUGAUGUGUUUCUUUGAUCAAAAAUGUACAGCCAUUUAUGUGUGUCCAAGAUCCACUAAUAUGUUAUAGGCCAAAUGUAAAAAAAGAAAAAAAAUUUUAAAAUCACAAAGUGCCUGGUAUCUGCAUACAUGUUUUGUAUCAACCUCCACUUAAAUUUUGUCAGAUACUGAUGCUCUUAUUGUUUCGUAAUGUACAAUUGUAAGAAUAUUUAAAAUUUAAUCCUGCAAGAAGAAAGCAGGCUUUGUUAAAUGAAAAGACUGAGAGAUAAUUAAAGUGAAGGGUAGAUUUUACCAUUCCUAGAGCGUUGUUUCUGUUCCCUGUGUUCAUUUAUCCUGUAUUGUGAUGUAGAUGGUACUCUAUAAAUAUUGACAUUUUAUAUUAUAUAAUGAGUUGGUUUAGCCACACAAGACUGUUCAGACUUUAUACUCUUUCCACUGUUGCCCUUUUAAGAAAAUGUAUAUGUUCGCACUCGACGAGAAUUAAUUUUACGUUAAAGGGGAGCAAAUGUAUGGUACAUAAUCAUAAUUGUAGGCCUCAAAUUCCAGAUUAAUUUUAUUAUUAUUAUUAUUUUUAUUUUUAUUGUUGUUAUUAUGAGUGAUAACAUGUACAUAUUCAUUACAGAGUGGUCAUGUAAUGAAAACCUAAGCCCCGUUUUGCUUGUUAAAUAUAUAUAUAUUUCAGGGUGAACUAAAUAUGUAUGUGAUUGAAGAGACUGCUAGUUUGCAAGACUUUCACAUUUGAGAAUAAGUUUUAGCUCUGCUGCUCUGUUACAUCGACUGUUCUCUGAAAAAGAGCAGCAGUUGCUUUUGUAAAAGUACUUUGUUUUUGUCAGAAGGAAUAAUUUGCAAUGAUACAUGCAUGAAUGAACAACUUUUGUAAGUUGAGCUCCGCAUUUUCUUAGAAUUUUUAUGUUCUGAGUUCCUCAGCAUUUUCAAAGUGAAAAAAAAGGGCUUAUGCUCCUUGGCAGUUUCCUAAUUUCAUAUAUGUGUUUGUGCUCAUUGAAUAUAGUAAUCUGUCUGCGUUACAAUACCAGUCUGUUCCACCUAUGUGUCAAUCUUGUUACCUGUUUGCAGUAUUUUGCAUUUUAUUUGGAUUUGAAAUAUUGGCAGCAGUUUCUGUUGUAGGUUUAACAGUAGUGCCCCUGUUAAAAUGUCGUUUUUUAAACUCAGGUAUGUAUUGUUACAUGAAACUGGAAUACUUCAGAUUGUGUAUGAAAUUGAACAUUUUGUGUGUUAGCAAUACUUACAUGAUAUGCGAAUUAUGUUAAAGUAGGUUACAGGAAAGAGCAACAGCAAUGAAUGUGUCACAGCCUGUGUCAUAUCUGCAUCUUUUUCUGUACAUGGUGUUUGACUUUUUUGUAUUUUGCAUGAAGUUUUGGUACAAAAUAAAAAGAGGAAAAUAGUGUCUCUUGAAUGCA